GUUCCUCUUUCCUUCCCAAGCACAGAGGAGGCCCAAGCUCCCAAGGGGCUAAGAAGCUGGACACUUGGUGGGGGGGAAGAACUGAGCCAGACUCUUGCAAGACCCCCUCCCCCCACCAGGAAACAUGAACAGGAAAGACAGCAAGAGGAAGUCCCACCAGGAAUGCCCAGGAAAGACAGGGGGCCGGAGCCGGCCCCGACAGGCCCGGCGCCACAAGACGUGCCCCAGCCCCCGGGAAAUCAGCAAGGUCAUGGCUUCCAUGGCUUUGGGCAUGCUGAACGAGGGCGACUGCAGUGAAGACGAACUGCUGGAGAAAUGCAUUCAGUCCUUCGACUCAGCUGGCAGCCUGCGCCGUGGGGACCACAUUCUCAACAUGGUACUGGCCAUGCACAGCUGGGUGCUGCCUUCUGCCCACCUCGCUGCCCGUCUGCUGACCUUGUACCAGGAGGCCACAGGGAACACACAAGAGCAGAGGCGGCUGCAGAUCUGUCACCUGGUCAGAUACUGGCUGACCCAACACCCUGAGACGGUACACCAAGAGCCUCAGUUAGAAGAGGUUAUAGGUCGCUUCUGGGCCACUGUGGAGCAGGAGGGCAACUCUGCCCAGAGGAGCCUGGGAGACUCCUCCAACCUGCUGAGCCCAGGUGGCCCUGGCCCCCCACCCCCCAUGAACAGCCCAGGCCUAGGCAAAAAGCGCAAAGUGUCCUUGCUUUUCGACCACCUGGAGACGGGGGAGCUGGCUCAGCAUCUCACUUAUCUGGAGUUCCGGUCCUUCCAGGCCAUCACGCCCCAGGACCUGCGGGGCUACGUUUUGCAGGGCUCCGUGCGGGGCUGCCCGGCCCUGGAGGGAUCCGUAGGGCUCAGCAACAGCGUGUCCCGCUGGGUGCAGGUCAUGGUGCUGAGCCGUCCCGGGCCGGCACAGCGCGCGCAGGUUCUGGACAAGUUCAUCCAGGUGGCACAGAGGCUCCACCAGCUCCAGAAUUUCAACACAUUGAUGGCCGUCACGGGGGGCCUGUGUCACAGUGCCAUCUCCAGACUCAAGGACUCCCAUGCCCACCUGAGCCCUGACAGCACCAAGGCCCUGCUAGAGCUGUCUGAGCUGCUUGCUGCCCAUAACAACUACGCGCGCUACCGCCGCACCUGGGCUGAAUGCACGGGCUUCCGGCUGCCCGUACUGGGCGUGCACCUCAAAGACCUGGUGUCCCUGCACGAGGCACAGCCCGACAGGUUGCCUGAUGGCCGCCUGCACCUACCCAAACUCAACAGCCUCUACCUGCGGCUGCAGGAGCUGGCGGCCCUCCAAAGGCAGCACCCGCCGUGCAGCGCCAGCGAGGACCUGCUGCACCUGCUCACGCUUUCCCUGGAUCUCUUCUACACGGAGGAUGAGAUCUAUGAGCUUUCUUACGCCCGCGAGCCCCGCUGUCCCAAGAGUCUGCCACCCUCCCCCUUCAAAGCACCCCUGGUGGUGGAGUGGGCCCCUGGCGUGACACCCAAGCCCGACAGGGCCACCCUGGGUCGGCACGUGGAGCUGCUGGUGGAGUCUGUGUUCAAGAAUUAUGACCCUGAAGGCCGAGGAACCAUCUCUCAGGAGGACUUUGAGCGACUCUCAGGCAACUUCCCCUUCGCCUGCCAUGGGCUUCACCCACCCCCCCACCAGGGGAAUGGCUCCUACAGCCGAGAAGAGCUGACGGGCUACCUGCUCCAGGCCAGUGCCAUCUGCUCCAAGCUGGGCCUGGCCUUCCUGCACAACUUCCAGGAGGUCACCUUCCGCAAGCCCACCUUCUGUGACAGCUGCAGUGGUUUUCUCUGGGGUGUCACCAAGCAAGGCUACCGCUGUCGGGACUGUGGGCUGUGUUGCCACAAACACUGCAGGGACCGUGUGAAGGUGGAGUGUAAAAAGAGGCCAGGGGCCAAGGGCGACAUGAGCCCCCCCGGAGCCCCUGUCCCACCCAUACCGGUUCCCCACACCAGCUGUGGCUUGGAAGACAAUCUCUCCUAUACACUAUCCCUGGAACCUGAGACAGGGUGCCACCUUUGCCAUGCUUGGACCCAGACAGAGCCCCCACACCCUUCCUGGGAACCAGAGACGGUGCCCCUCCCAACGACGGCCUCACCGCCCGCCCAGUCCUCCAAGCUGAAUUCCUAGACCCUGCUUGGUCUGUUGUCUCUCACCUCCCCCAGAGUCAGUCCCAAGUCCUGUGAUUCGGCCUCCAGCAGGACCCCCAAAGGCACCUCCGCCUUCCCAUCCACACCGCCUUCGGUGAAGAGUUCAUCAUCUCUUACUCGGAAAGUUAUUUUCUUCCUUUGCCUCAGAGUGGCCACAACCUGUACUCCCAUUUCCCCGAACUUCGUUAUCUGUGCGAUUUCACGUUGGAUAUGUCUAGACUUAAGUAUCAUCCCACCAACUCCUUACAUCCCCAUUUCACAGACGAGGAAGCUGAGGCCCAGGGAGGUUAAGCUGCUCUCCAAGGUGGCAGAGCCCCUAAGUGUUGGAGGCAGGACUCAAGUCCAAGGCCCUCUGUCUGCCUCUGAGAUGGAAGCUCCUCACUAGUACGCUACACUGACAGCACGGGUCAGGCCGGGGAGGGGAUAGGCUGGGCACUUAUGUUCCUAACUCUGGGGUUCCAGAGACAGGACAGAAGGCUAGAGUAGGGGUGGAACAGGGAGCCUGUGAAUACCUGAGUCUCUCCCCUGCUCAGGGCCCUUCUAUGCCUCCCUCUCACCUAGGGGAAAAGCCAGAAUCCUCACUGCGGCCCACCUCCCACAAUCUGUUUCCGUCACCUCUCUGACCUCACCUACCACCACUCACCCCCUUACUCAUCCUGCUUCAGCUACACUGGCCUCUAUGGUCCCUGAACAUGCCAAAAAUAUUGCUUACCUCAGGGCCUUUGCACUGGCAGUUCCCUCUGCCCAGAAUGCUCUUCCAGAGGCCCACAUGUCUCCCUCUUUGGGACUUAGGUCUAAUGUCACCUUCUCAGGGAGGCCCCUCUGACCAUACUCAAAGUUGCAAUCCACCCCCUAGUCCUGCUCUGCCUUGUUUUCCUCCAAAGUCAUUUACCCAUCUAACAAACUAUACUUUUUAUCUAUUUAUCUUGUUGAAUGUCUGCGCCUCCUCACCAGAAACUGUCAACUCCAGCAGAGCAGGAGUUUUAUGAGCUAUAUGUUUUCACUGCUGUAUCCCUAGUGCCAAGAACAGGGCUAGCACAUGGUGGGUACCUGAGAACUCUUUGUCCAAUGCCUGCAUGUCUCCUUCCCUGUGCCCACAGGAAGGGAAAGAUGUGUUGCUAAAGAGCAGAGGACUAUGAGGGUCAGAGCAACAGGGGUCUGUUGAGACCCAGGGGACAAAGACACCCUUACCCCUCCACAAACCUGAGCACCCCUGACCUGCCCCCCCCCCCAGAGAUAGGUCCUAUAGCUGUCAUAAAUUAAAUUUAUUUUCCAGA